AUGUCUAUCGAUCAUAAAGACCCGUCCAAGGAAAACACUCCUGCUGACUCCAAGGCCUCGACUCCUGACCACGAGCAGAGUCCUUCUACUGCCCCAGAAGCUCAGCCAGCGAAGCGUAAGGGUGGUCGAAAGCCUAUCUAUGCAACCUCGGAAGAAAGAAAGCAGAGGAACCGCCAGGCACAGGCUGCUUUCCGGGAGCGUCGCACAGAGUACAUCAAGCAGCUGGAAGAGACGAUUAGAGUCCAUGAGUCUAACCUCUCCAACCUUCAGGCGGCUCAUAGAAGUGCUGCCGACGAAUGCUUGAUGCUGCGCUACAAAAACUCCCUGUUGGAGCGUAUCCUCCUUGAGAAAGGAAUCGAUGUCCAGGCCGAGCUUCAGGCCAAGACUGGCAGCCCUAACCUUGGACCAACACACAUGCCUCAAAACAUGGUUCAACCUCCUCCUAUUCAGCGUGCUAUCCUCAACCGACACCACUCGCGCAGGUCGGCUUCAAGCAUAGCGCCCAAGCUCGAACCUGGCGCAGGAUCUCUGCCGCAGCCUAUGCAUGGAAUGCAAAGUGUUGCCUCCCCCUCCUCGAGACCAACGCCUCCUUCCCAUGCCGCUUCUCCAACCGGCGCAACUCCCGGCUUUGGGGGUUCGGCCGUAUCUCCAAAGACCAAUGAGCCUCCAAACAUGAGACCAUCAAUGCCAGCACCAAUGCGACAGCUACCACCGAUGCAGGGCCCCGUUGCAGCAGCAGCAGCACGACAACAGAUGAUGCAGCAUGGAAAUGGUGUUGGCGCCCGGCCUGGAGGUUUCUACUCGGCCCCCAACUUCCAAAAUCACAUCAAACAACUCGGCAAGCUGACCCAGCAGGAGUACGAUGCUCCUAACGACAUGAUCGACGACGUCGAGCCCGACAACUCGGGCCCCGGUCCCUACCCGAGCCAGUUCAACGGCAAUCAACCACCGCAGCACCAGCAGCAACAACAGCAACAGCAUCAGCACCCAGCCCAGCAGCAGCAACACCAGCAGCAACAGCCGCAGCACGGCAUGUCUCUGCCGCCGGCCGCGAGUGGCAUUUCGGCACAACAGAACGCAACCGAUGGACACGACUCGACGCAGACAACUGGCCAAGGAUAUCCUUCUAUGACGGCACUUCUCGAUCCUGCCCUGGACUGGGACCCCUUUGGACUGAGUGCCUCGAUGGCUUUCCCUUCUCAAUUCUCCUUCGACACCAGCAGCAUGCGAUAA